AGGAGGGGAAAGGAAGUUUACAGCGUGAGCUCUAAAUGAGAGCGUAAGACGGUCUGAAAGAAGACGGCUGUUAGAGGAAGAAAGACAAUCAGGACCGAUAACAACAAAAAGUUUCACGGGAGAAGCUGUUUCAUCACUGAAGAUGAAGCUGGAGGAGGAGUGGUGAACUCUUGAUGGAGGGGGUUUAUCUGACAUCUACUAUUCUGGCCUGACUAUUAACCAGAGGUCUGGACCAAAGAGCAUUUAAAUCUGCAAUCAUAUCAGAUGGAGGUGGAUGUAGCAGACGACAAGCGGCAUUGUAUACGAUCUAAAGUGCCCUUGGAACCAGUAAUACAAGAGCUGUUCAGCUGUCAGGCACCACGUUGUGAUGGAAGUGGGCACAUCAGUGGAAAAUAUGCAAGACAUCAAAGUGUGUACGGCUGCCCUCUGGCCAAGAAGAGGAGAACGCAAGACAGGCCGCCCCUAGAGCCCGUGGCCAAGAAGAAGGCCUAUCACUCACACACAGAACAGCAAGACAUGGAGGACAGCUAUGAGACUGAGAUGGUGGUUGAAAAAGAGGAGGAGGAAGAGGAAGACGCUGGAGAGGAGGGGGUGGAGGAUGAGGAGGAUGAGGUGGAGGAGGAAGGAGAUGCCGAGGGUGAGGACGAGGUGGAAGAGGAGUAUACGGACAAUGAGGAACAAGUAGAACAAGACGAGGGUGAGGUAGAGAAUGGAGAAGAGGAAGAUGUGGAGCAGGAAGAUGAUGAAGUUGUAGAAGAGGAGGGUGAUGAAAGAGAGGAAGAGGAUGAAGAAGAUGAGGAUGAAGAGGAACAAGAUGAGGAGGAAGAGGAGGAAGAAGAACAGCAGCAUAGUCAGAAUCAAGAUGGCUAUCACAUGAAUGGGGGCUACACCAAAACAAGCCCUGUGGUGGAAAAGGACGACAACAACAAUGACGAAUAUGACAACUAUGAUGAGCUGGUGGCCAAGUCUUUGCUCAACCUAGGUAAGAUUGCUGAGGAUGCUGCCUAUCGGGCCAUGACGGAGUCUGAGAUGAACAGUAACUCCUCACACAGUGCUGAGGAGGAAGAUGAAGAGGAGGAAGAAGAGGAAGAGGAGGACUAUGAAGAUGACGAGGAAGAAUAUGACGAAGAAGAAGGUGAGGACGGCUCUAAAAAGGGUGAGCUGAGUCUGGAUGUGGACAGUGAUGUAGUAAAGGAAACUGUGGACUCUCUGAAGCUGCUGGCCCAGGGUCAUGGAGCUGUGAUCUCUGAUAAUCUAGAGGAAAAUUCCUAUCAUGAGGAUGGGGUCAAAAAUGAGAACUGUUGCAACAUGAAUGGUGUUGAUGGGUAUGGGUGCAAUGGGAAUAGUAGCAGUUGUGCACAAAGCAGGUCUACCAGUAAUGGUCAGCUGGUUGAGGAAAGUGAUGAGGAGGUAUGCCUGAGCAGCUUGGAGUGUCUCCGCAACCAGUGCUUUGACCUGGCACGCAAAUUAAGUGAAACAAAGCCAGCAGAACGCAUGAACAACAUCCAGGAGGGGCACCUAGACACCAUACUGCACCAGGAAGUCUACGGAGACUGCCUGCAGCAACAUAACCAAGAGGAGCAUCGGAUCCUGGAGCGGAACUACUCAGACAUGGUAAAUCUAAUGAAGCUAGAAGAGCAGCUCAGCCCUCGUUCCAGAGCUCUGUCCAGCUGUGCCAGGGAGUAUGACAUGUACCGAGAUGAGGACACCAGGUCUAUCACCUCAGACCGCUCAGAGGAUGGCUUUGAUAUGACCAAGGGUAACUUGUCGCUGCUGGAGAAAGCUAUAGCACUGGAGUCAGAGAGAGCCAAAGCUAUGAGGGACAAGAUGGCAUCUGAGGCAGUCAGGAAAGAAAGACUGCAUCUUCAUGAGGAACAUCAUGGACUAAGGCUUAGCUGUGCAGAGGAGCGCAAAGCUAGACUGCAUCACGAGGGUCUCAAGAAGCCCUACUACCCUAAAGAUUCCUCACGGUCGGAGAAGAAAGAAAGUCGGUGCCCAACACCAGGCUGCGAUGGCACUGGUCACGUGACUGGUUUGUACCCUCACCAUCGAAGCCUGUCUGGGUGCCCGCAUAAGGACAGAGUUCCUCCAGAAAUUCUUGCAAUGUAUGAAAAUGUUCUUAAGUGUCCUACACUCGGCUGCACAGGACGCGGCCAUGUCAAUAGCAACAGGAACUCUCAUCGAAGUCUCUCAGGAUGCCCCAUAGCCGCGGCUGAGAAGCUGGCCAAAGCCCACGAGAAACAUCAAGUCUGCAAUGGAACUAAAUCCAACCAGGCAUCAGACAGAGUGCUGAGGCCCAUGUGCUUUGUGAAGCAGCUGGAGAUCCCUCAGUAUGGUUACAAGAACAACGUCCCUACAUCCACCCCUCGCUCCAACCUGGCCAAAGAGCUGGAAAAAUACUCCAAGACCAGCUUUGAGUACAAUGGCUACGACAGCCAGAAUGUGUUCGGCAAACGAGCCAUCGCACCUAAAGUCCAGGGUCGAGACACAUCACCCAAGGGAUAUGACGCUAAGCGAUUCUGUAAGAACUCGAGCUCGGCGAGCAGCACCACCAGUAGCUAUGCACCCAGCAGCAGUAGUCUGAGCUGUGGAGGAGGAGGUGCAGGAGCUGGAGGAGGAGGAAGCAGCGCCAGCAGCACCUGCAGCAAAAGCAGCUUCGACUACACUCAUGAUAUGGAGGCCGCUCACAUGGCCGCCACUGCCAUCCUCAACCUGUCCACGCGCUGCCGAGAGAUGCCUCAGAGUCUGAGCGUCAAGCCACAGCAGCUCUGCACACGGUCGGAUGAUCUGGAUCCCUUCCAGGACAUUUUAGACGACACCGCAUAUGUCACUGAUGUUGCCCUCCACAGUCCCAAGCCAAAAUUCGCCCCUUGUAGGGAGAGCAAAAAAGACCUGAUAACUCUUUCAGGUUGUCCUUUAGCAGAUAAAAGCAUUCGAAGUAUGAUGGCUAGCAAUGCACAAGAACUCAAGUGCCCGACUCCGGGCUGCGAUGGUUCGGGACAUAUAACUGGAAACUACGCCUCCCACAGAAGUUUAUCUGGAUGUCCACGGGCUCGAAAGAGUGGCAUAAAGAUUACACACAGCAAAGAGGACAAGGAGGACCAGGAGCCAAUCAGGUGUCCUGUGCCAGGUUGUGAUGGACAGGGUCAUGUGACAGGGAAAUAUGCUUCUCACCGCAGUGCAUCAGGCUGCCCCCUGGCUGCCAAGCGCCAAAAGGAUUGCUACAUGAAUGGCACACAGUUCACAUGGAAAGCUGGGAAGACGGAUGGCAUGUCCUGUCCCACGCCAGGCUGUGAUGGCUCAGGUCACGUCAGUGGCAGCUUCCUAACGCAUCGAAGUCUAUCAGGUUGCCCACGUGCUUCAUCAGCAAUGAAGAAAGCCAGACUGACAGGAGUGGAGAUGCUGACAAUAAAGCAUCGGCCAAGCAACGGUUUACACAAUGAUGAGGACAUGAAACAGCUGGAUGAUGAAAUCAAAGAUUUAAAUGAAUCAAAUUCACAGGUGGAGGCAGAUAUGAUCAAACUUCGAACACAGAUAACAACCAUGGAGUCUAAUCUGAAGUCGAUAGAGGAAGAAAACAAGGUGAUUGAACAGCAAAAUGAAUCUCUCCUGCAUGAGCUGGCCAACCUCAGCCAGUCACUGAUUAACAGUUUAGCUAAUAUCCAGCUCCCUCAUAUGAAACCACCACCACACAAAGAGCCUCUGAUUAGACAUAACAGCUGUUUACAGUUGCAUCAGCGAGACCCAAUAAGUGACCAGAACUUCGAUGCGUAUGUGACGACUCUGACAGACAUGUACUCAAAUCAAGAGCAGUACCAGAGUCCGGAGAACAAAGCACUGCUGGAGAAUAUAAAACAAGCAGUACAGGGGAUCCAAGUCUAGCCACUCAACAAACCUCGAGCAAACCUCUUUAAAGAAGGGUGAAAAGGACAAUUGCAAAACAGAAAUGAAAGAGACAAAAUGGGACACCUCAUGGUUUGCUGCUGUAAUUUAGCAGUGUUAAAUA